GACAGCGACCAAGGCUCGUGGGAAAGCGGCCUCUCCUACGAGUGCCGCUCGCUGCUCUUCAAGGCGCUGCACAACCUGAUCGAGCGAUGCCUGCUGUCGCGCGACUUCAUCAGGCUCGGCAAGUGGUUCGUGCAGCCGAGCGACGGCCCGCGCCGCGCCGCUCACCACCCGCACCAGCAGCAGCAGCAGCAGUCGGAGUCGGCCGCGCCGAACGGCACCGGCUCCAACAACCUGUCCUUUUCGUUCGCGUUCUUCGUGCACGGCGAGAGCUCGGUGUGCGCGAGCGUCGACGUUCGGCAGCAUCCGGCCGUCCGAAGGUUGUCGAGGGGCCAUCUGCAGCAGGCCAGCGCCAGCACCUCGGGACUGAAAGUAAUCUUGGCACCAUUCGGGCUGGCCGGCACUCUUACGGGCCAGUGCUUCAAAUCGCCCGAGAUCUGCUCGCGUCUCAUCGAAGAUUGGAGCCACUUCUAUCCGCUGGACAAAACUAGCGGCCUCACGGAAAGCAGCGUGGUCGAGGUGGUCGUGGACGGCAUCAAGCUGCGCUAUCCGUCGUGCUACGUCCUCGUCACCGACCUGGACGACAACGCCAACCAAACGAUAUUGCAGACGAACAACCUCGGCCCGGCGACCAACGAGAGGGGGACCAAAAAUAACGGAACAAAUUCUCCGAUCUUAGUCCAAGCUCCGGCACCCCAGCUAGUCCAGAUCAGCAGCAAGGUGCCGCAGCCAGGGCCGUACUCGGUCUCCGUCGAGCACCAGUUCUCGAUGUCGCGAGAGCCGACGGCCGCCACUGUCUUGCCCGAGCGCGCGUGGCAGGAGUGCCUGCUGGGCGGCCCCACGGCCCACUGCGGACAGCAGCAGCAGCAGCAACAGGCCAGCCUAGGCGGCGCCGCCUGCGACGGCUCCUGGGACUUCGUGGAGCCCAGCCGCAGGACCAACUGCACCUGCUCAAAGUGUAGAAAGCAGUCGGCAGGGGCCGCUAGCAGUAGUAGGUGGCGCUCGGACGGCGGCGGCGGCAAGGGCAGCGGCCGAGCGGCGGCGGCUGGCGGAGGCGGGCGCGUUCCCUUUCACAGGCGCGCGCCGCCCUCGCAGCAGCAGCCGCCGCCCCCCUCUAUCACCGCCAACGCCCCACCACCCGGCACACCCGACAGGUGUCCGGGCUCUUACACGCCGCAAGGGGGCCCUCCGUCGUACCCUCGCACGCAGGAAUCCACCGCGAUACCUUCGGUGGGCAGCCCGCCCUCGGUUGCCCCCUCGCCCCUGCCCAACCCGAGCUCCCAGCCGGCCUCUGUCCCGCCCGGCGACCCCACCAUGCCCACCCUGUCCCCCCACCCGCCGCUCACCGCCGAGAAGACCCGCACGCCCGACGAGCCGCCCAAAAGCGUGGAGAGCCGCCUUAACAGCCCGGCCGACUGCAAGGGCGAGUCGCAGGCGAGCGGCGCCGGCGCCCCGGCACUGAAGCGGCCCAUCCUGAGCAGCAAGGAGUACGAGGCGGCGCUGGGCGAGGAGGAGGAGACGUUGGAGAUGCUCUACGACUACUCGACGCUGAUAGCGUGGCUGAAUCACCCCGUCAAGCGGUUCAAACCGGACGGGGCGGACGGCGCGCGGAGUCGCUCGGUGAAAACCGACCUUUACUCCUUGUACAGCGGCGGCGGGGCUUCCAACAACAACAACGACCUGAAAAACGUGCAAAUAAAGCAAGAAAUCAAACUGGAAAACUUGGAUAUGGAGGCCGACUCGAUGGCUUCGCUCGCGCAUCCGCACGGGGUGAAACGGCCCGGCGACCCGUACGAGUUCGAGGAGGAGGGGGGAGGCGCCAACUGCAACAUGGACGGCUUCAAGCGCGGCCAGCAGCCCGUCAAGGAGGAGCCGCCCAAGGACAAAAAAAUUAACGCGGAGAACCUGCUGACCAGCGAGGGCCUGCAGCCCUCCUACAAGGACCUCGACCAGAUUUUCGACAACUCAGACGACACCAGCAGCGACGAGGCUAUGCAGACGCAGACGCCGCCGGGGUCGACGCCUGCCAGCGUGCACGAGCACGAGAGCAAGCGGCUGUCCUCCGGUUACGGCCAGAACAUGGGCAUCGUGCGCGCCGAAGAGCUGAGCAAGAUGUUCCCGACGCCGCCCAGCCUGGAGCACAACCCGAUAGCCUCGCCGUGCGGCCAGACCGACCUGAUGAUGCCCAGCUUCGAGAGCGAGCUCGGCAUCGUCAAGAUCAAGCAGGAGAUCUACCCGAACAUGGGCAGUCCGCAGGAGGAGAACAUCGAAGAUUGGAGCUUCGUUUUCAAGGCACCUCUCAUGUGCAAGAUGGUGGGUUCGAGCAAGUACGCUCCUCUGACGAACCUGCCGAGCCAAAGCCUGCCGGCGGUCGCCCUGCCGACGCACUGCGUCUACAAGCCGUCGUGGAUGACGCAGCACAUCGAGAAAGCGGCCGCCGCCGCGCAGAACCAGCCGCCGGCUCUGCCGGCGGCCGCGCAGCAGUUAAACCCCGCGCAGCCCGCUUCUGCGCACCACUUCCCGCAGUCUCCACAUUGCGGGUUCAGGCUGCCGCCGCCGCCGUACGAGCAGCCGUCCCCCGCUACUUCCACAACCUCCUCCUACUUGAACAAGAACCUCAAUUCUGUAGAGCCAACGCCGGCUGUUUCAGCGCAGAAGACUCCCGAGGCGAGUUCAUUGGUGCUCAACAUCCUCUUGACGGACACGGCGUUCAACAUCUUCCGCGAUCACAACUUCGACAGCUGCACGCUGUGCGUGUGCAACGCGGCGGGGAAGGUGGUGGGGAACAUUCGCGGGGCGGAUGCGGGGGUUUACCUGUUGAACUCCAGCGCCGACAAGCACCACGCGGCCGCGUUGCCUAAUAGUCACAGCCCGUUCCAGCAGCAGCAGCAGCAGCACGGGCAGUACGGGGGGAUGAUGUCGCCGCAGCACCACCUGGGAGGGAUGGGGGAGGAGGAUUCCAUCAGGUGCACUUGCGGGUUUUCCGCCGUCGUUAACAGGCAGCUGGCGCACGGCAGCGGGUUGUUCUACGAGGACGAGAUGGAGAUUACAGGUAUAGCCGAAGACCCGGGCGAGAAAAAGAAACCGUCGCUGCUGACCUUCCUGAUAAACAACAACUCGAUCAAGAUGGACGCCAAUUUGGAUCGAGAGCAGCUGGACGCGAUCCCGCACAGCCUACUCGAGCUGGUGCGCGAGCAGUGCGUCAUAAUCCCGAACUCGGCCAACUCUUUGAGUCGAGCCGCGCGGUUUCUGCGCAUGAAGCGCACGCACAACUCCAACAACGGCAGCAAAGGCUUCAACGUCCUGGAGUUCAACGACGGCAACGAGGUGACGUCCAUAGCGCUGGACCAGAGCAGGAGUAGAAUCGAGGACGGGCAGCACAAGAAGUCGCACCGCGGCGGGGGCGUGCACAAGUGGCCGUUUCUGCGCGCCUCUGGCCCGCAGUGCAGCCAGGACGUGGUGCGCGUGAUGAAGGCGCUGCAGCCGCUGCUACAAGAGGCGAUACAGAAAAAAUGCCAGACUCGGUUGUGGGAGGCCCCUUCCACCGUUAAAGGGCCUCUGACGUGGCGGCAGUUCCACCGCUUGGCCGGUAGAGGGACGGAGGACCGCUGCGAGCCGCAGCCCAUACCCUCGGUCAUAGUGGGCCACGAUAAAGACUGGUUAUCUCUCUCCCCCUACGCGCUCCAACACUGGGAGACUCUCCUCCUCGAGCCGUAUUCUUACGCUAGAGACGUGGCUUACGUGGUGGUGGCGCCGGAUAAUGAGGCGAUCUUGCCGCGCGUGCGGACUUUCUUCAAGGAGCUGUCGACUGCGUACGAGAUGUGCAAGUUGGGCAGGCACAGUCCGAUAACGAGGGGGCUGCGGGACGGUAUCUUGCGGGUGGGGAAGACGGCCAAGACGAAGAUCGGGAACGAGCCGGUCGAGGAGUGGUUCACUCUCCUCGGCGAGGGCGAGACUAGCGACAUGCUGAAGCUUUACGCGCAGGUUUGCAAGCACCACCUGGCGCCGCACUUGCAGCAGGUGCCGAUGGACAAGACGCUGCUCGACCCGCCGAAGGAGAGCGACGAGAAGGCGACGGCCAGCCCGAUGCCGCCGCCCGGCACGCCCGACGGCGGCCCGGCGCAGGCGGCGGAGCGGCCGCCCGCCGCGCCCAAGGGCGAGCAGGAGGAGCAGAAGGAUCCGGGCACGCCGACCGCCGGCGGCGGGCUGCCGGAGCCGGCGCACGACGACGAGGACCGCGAGGCGCCCUCUAUCGUGGUGUACCUGGUGGAGCCGUUCACGUUCGGCAGCGACCAGCCGGAGCUGCAGCGGCUGGCGUGCCUGGCGCUGCUCAGGUGCUACCAGUCGCUGGCGGCCGCGCUGCCCGAGAACAUCAGGAACAAUAUCACGGUGCAGAUAAUUUCAUUGGAGAGCAUAGUGGAACUAAACAAAUCCAGAGACCAUAUGAAACAUAGCGACCACAUGAGGGCAUUGGCCCUCAACAUUUUCUCGCAAUGCAGACGACUUCUAGUGCACACGAACAACGUUAAAUCGCUCACCGGUUUCGGAACGGCGGCCAUGACGGACCUGUUCUUAAAGAAUAAAGACGAGAAAAAUCGCGCUCCGUUCAAGCUGUACACGCCGCCGUACAUCCUGGCGCCCAUGCGCGAAAAGGUCGAGUCGGUGGAGGCGUUCGGCAAGGGCGCCUUGGACCAGGCCGCCGUGCUCUACCUGAGCUACUGCCUCUCGGAGGACCAGAGCUGGCUGCUGGCCGUCGCGACCGACGAGCGCGGCGAAAUAUUCGAGACGAUCACGAUCAACGUCGACAUCCCGAACCGCAGCAGGCGGCGGAAGGCGUCGGCGCGCCGCGUCGGCCUCGAGAAGCUGAUGGGCUUCAUCUUGGGCGUGAUGUCGCAGAGCGUGCGCCCGUGGCGGCUGGUGGUCGGCAGGCUGGGGCGCAUCGGGCACGGCGAGCUGAAGGGCUGGAGCUGGCUGCUGAGCAAGCAGAACCUGCUCAAGGCGUCGAAGAAUCUGAAGGAGAUUUGCAACCAGUGUUCGAUCAUGUACCCGAACUCCGUGCCCUGCAUACUGAGCGCUUGUUUGGUGAGUAUGGAGCCGGACACGGCGCUUCGGCUGAUGCCGGACCAGUUCACGCCGGACGAGCGCUUCAGCCAGGUGUCCGUCAACUCGCAGCUGAGCGCGCCGCACGACGUCAGCUGCACGCACAUCCUCGUGUUCCCGACCAGCGCCACGACGCAGUCGUCGCAGGCCGCGUUCCAGGAGACGUGCGCCACCACCGAGCUGGACGCCGACCUGCUGGCCGACCUCGACAUGGAGGACAUCCCCGACGGCUUCGACGGCAUGAACGACAUCAUGGGCCAGGACAUAUUCUCGUGGAACGGGCAGAGCCCGACCGGCAGCCCGCGCAGGGAGAGCAGCGGCGUGCGCAGCCCUACUUGCGGCGUCAACAACGGCCGCCAGGGGUCGCCCUACAUGGGCGGCAUCAACUCCAAAGGCGCCGAACCCAACGAAGAGGUGGGCACGGUGCUGCAGCAGCCGCUGGCGCUGGGCUACCUGGUGUCGACGGCGCCCACCGGCCGCAUGCCCAAGUGGUUCUGGUCGUCGUGCCCGCACCUAGAGGGCAACUGCCCCGCCUUCCUCAAGAACGCGCUGCACCUGCACAGCCCCAACGUGCAGCAGAACUCCGACGACCCCUUCCAGCAGUCGGCCGUCACGUCGCACCAGCUCGACUCGCAGUACACCACCGACGUCUUGAGAUACGUUUUGGAAGGCUACAACGCGUUGUCUUGGCUAGCGCUGGACUCGAACACGAAAGACCGCCUCUCCUGCCUCCCGGUGCACAUGCAAGUGCUGGUGCAACUCUACCACACGGCGGCGGCUCUCCUGUAA